AUGGAUCACCGACUGAGUGGAGAUUAUAGCGAGGAUGAAGCUUUCAGAAUGCACCCAGAAAGUUCAGGAUCUGAAGUAUAUCCACAUGCCAACGAAUACGAGAAGUUAGGGAGGCGAAUGAUGAAAAAGUUGCCGGAUUAUCCUGUGAAAGACUCCACGCACUUUGUAUGGGAAAUUCAGGAUUGGUCUGCUGCGCGGAAAGAAAACAAAUUAGUGAGCCCUCUUUUCAAUUGCGGCGGUUAUUAUUGGAACGUUUUGUUGUUUCCGAGAGGAAAUGCAGAUGCGGUAUCGCUAUACUUGGAACCACAUCCCCCAGCCGAUGACAGCGAGAAACUGAAUUCUGAUUGGUAUGUUUGUGCUCAAUUUGCUCUUGAUAUAUGGAACCCCUUACAUCCCUCUUCCCAUUACCCAUCUGGCUCCAGUCACAGGUUUAACAAAAAUGAAACUGAUUGGGGGUUCUCUUCAUUCAUUUCGUCAAGAGACUUGGCAGAUCCAUUGAAAGUGGGCCAGCCACACGCAAUCUUAGAAAACAACCAGAUCAACAUCACAGCAUUUGUGCGAGUUCUCGACGAUACUUCUACUGGUGUCUUAUGGUCCAAUUUUGUAAAUUAUGACUCAAAGUUAAGCACUGGUUUUGUUGGCUUGAAUAAUCAAGGUGCCACAUGCUAUCUUAAUUCGCUUUUGCAGUCAUAUUUCACCACAAAAAAAUUCCGAAACUUAGUAUGUCAAAUUCCGACUCAGGAGCAGACAACAGCUAAGACUUCGAAUAAAAAUAGCAAGGCGGUUGCCUUGGCGCUUCAAAGAAUUUUUUAUCUUAUGGAGUCAUCUGACCAACCUGUGGGGACUAUGGAACUCACAAGAUCUUUUGGUUGGGAUUCCAGUGAAGCUUUCACUCAGCAUGACGUUCAGGAAUUGAAUCGUGUUUUGAUGGACAAAUUGGAAUCCGCAAUGAAAGGAUCGCAUAUUGAAAACAGAUUGAAUGACAUAUUUGUUGGUCGGAUGAAGUCAUUUAUUAAGUGUGUUAACGUUCCGUAUGAAUCUUCCAGAAUUGAAGAUUUUUGGGACAUUCAACUCAAUGUGAAAGGCCUCCGGAAUUUACUGGAAUCUUUUAGAAAUUACAUUGAUAUUGAAAUGUUAGAUGGCGAGAAUAAGUAUCAAGCAGGAGAAGAAUAUGGAUACCAAGAUGCAAAAAAAGGUGUUGUUUUUGAGUCUUUUCCCCCAGUCCUUCAUUUGCAGCUUAAGAGAUUCGAAUAUGACUUCAUGGUUGACGACUUAGUGAAAAUCGAUGAUUUUUAUGAAUUCCCCGACAAAAUCGACCUCCGCCCCUACCUUGAUGAAGAUUUAGAUGAAGACGUGAAGUCCCAGAAUUGGAAUUAUAAAUUACAUGGAGUUCUUGUUCAUCAGGGAAGUAUUUCAAACGGGCAUUAUUACGCCAUGAUAAAGCCUGAAAGCGAAAAAAACACCUGGUUACGCUUUGAUGACGACAAAGUUUGGAAAGUGACACCCAGUGAAGUCUUCAAAGAGAACUUUGGUGCUGCGGACUUAUCUCCACAGCAAGUAAAAUCACUUUCGAGGAUGGAGCAAAACGAGCAUUUGAUUCGAAAAGCCACAUCUGCUUACAUGCUUGUGUACUAUCGAGAGGGACAGCUUUCAGACAUAUUGCCCGAUUCGCUGGCGACUGUCCCAGAGCACGUCUCGGGACAGAUAGAGAAAGAACGCGAGGAAUUGGCAUCAUUAGAGAAGGCAAAGCAAGACGCUUUAUACUAUUUGAACGUGAAAAUGGUAACGGCUGAAAACUUUGCAUACUUCAAUGGCUUUGAUAUCUGUCCAGAUCCCACCAAGACGAAAGAAUAUGACAACCAGAUUUUUGAUGCAAGGGCAUACCCAAUUACAAUGAAAGUCAGAAAAGAUGCAAAAUUUUCGCAUGUGUACAAACUUAUCGCUUAUAAACUAGGGUAUGUUGAAAGAUUCAAUGAAGAUGCUGUGGGGCUCGAUGAAGAUAAUGCAAGCUCCAUGAUAGAAGACGAAGCAAUGGAUAAUUUUGCGUAUCCUUUCUCCUUAAUGAUCAUGAAACAAAGAAACAACAAAACUAUCAGACCCGAUAUCAUUAUCCCAAAAGAAUGUCUGAAUGAAACUGUCAGCCAGGUCUUUACGAGGUAUUUCAGGAAAAGUCAUGACGAACUAACGUUCUUCGUUCGUGAGAACCAAAAAGAGAUGAGGCAGAUAAAGAAUGAAGAUAAUUUCAUAACAGCCGAGCGAUUCAAUUUUGAUAACGUAUCUUCAAAAGUUACAGAAAAUGUUCUGAAUUUGACUGAAGCAUCGGUCGACAAUUCAAUGACUUUGUUUUUGAAAUACUUUGACCCUAUCUCUGAUACAUUAAGGGGGCUUACCUUUGUUUUAUUGAGCAAAAAUAUGGUACUUUCCCUGAUAAAAAAUCUCAUAAAUGAAUUUCUCGGAUUUGAUGUGUCGACUCCUUUGGAAUUCUAUGAGGAAGUCUCACGGACAAGAAUUGAACCAAUCGAUCAAAGUCUAGCUCUUGAGAAGAGCGAAUUAGGAUCGGGCGACAUUUUGGCUAUUCAGCUAGCUGACCGCAACGAUUUUCAAUCAGCCUGCGGGCUAGGCAGUUUACAGAAGUACUAUAAGUUUAUGUUGACGAGGCUUCAUAUUCAAGUCAAGCCUUGUAAGGUAAGCGAAGAGGACGAGGACAGUGACUAUGUCGCAGAUGAUGGUAUUUUUCAAAGUACUGAAAAUUUGAAUGCUGACUCAGCAGAAGCAAAAGAGCUAAAACUUGCUAGAGAGCUAAGCAAGUCCUUUGAUUUGUGGGUCUCCACAACAUAUACCUAUGAAGAACUUGCUGCAAGAAUUGCCUGCAACAUUGGUUCUCAUGUGGAUCCAAAAUAUUUGCGACUUUUUGUCACACAUGAUCACGGUGAGAGGCUCCCGUUAUUAUCAACAAUGUCACUAUCCCAAAUCUUCCCCCGACAGGUUGCGGUAUCAACAGUAUCACAGUUUGAAUUUGAAAUUCUAAACAUCACGUUGAAAGAAUAUGAAAAUAUGAAAGCAAUCAAGAUUCAUUGGCUUGAAAGCAUAUAUCAAGAUCACGUGUAUGACUUGUUGGUACCGAAAACUAGUCCUGUGUCAGAUUUGAUACAAAAAUUAACUCAAAAGAUCGACUUGCCACAGGAGAAAUUGAGUGGGUUGCUUGUUUGGACCGGGAAAGACCACAAGUAUGUUGAUCUUGUAAAAUUCGACAGACCUAUUGAUGAUUUGAAGGAUGAUUUUGAAAUUUAUUGCGGAUACUUUCCGGCAGAGGUGGAAAUUUUAGUGUGCCAUGAUAUGUUCAAAAGGUACGCAGAGCCCGAGUCACACGAUGGACACGAGAUUUCCGAUCCGAUUAUCAGAGGUGAGUUUGAAAAAGCGCAGAAGUACUCAAAUGUGUUGAAUAUUAUACCUGUGUUCCACUUUCACAAGUCAACGACUUACACGCAUGGUAAACCGUUUGUGUUUGCAGCCUUUCCCGAUGAGCCUUUCGAGCAAACAAAAGAAAGAUUGCGAAAUAAGCUUGGGCUUGGAAUCCUGGCCUUCGAGAAAAUUAGAAUUGCUUUAGCAGACCUCGAUGAUAAAGGUCGAUACCUUGACGUUGAUAAACCUGGGUUUAAUCUACUUGAUGAAAUUUCAAAAUUUGAGUCACAUGUUUCCCUCGCUCUUGAUCACCGUGAUCGAGACCCGAAGCGGUCCAACCCACUCGAUAAAGGUAUAUCCAUUGGAUAA